UAAAUUCUUCCCGUAUCUAAUUCCCAUUCAUUAUUCCCCAAUUAGGAAAAUAAUAAUCAUAAAAAAUUAUAUAAAAAGGGAGGAAACCCCGCUUUCCUCUCUGUUUAUGUGGUGCGAACAGGUUGCUGAUGAUUCCACCGCCAUCUUGAUUAAGAAUCAUCAUACUUCUUCCUUCCAUCUGCAAUGAUUUUUCCAGCUCCUUGAGAAUCAAUAAUUUCGUUUCAUAGCUUUUCCUGUUUCUCUUGACUCAAAUCAAAUCAUGUUUGUUGUGAUCUUAUUGGCGAUCGUCGCUGCAUUUUUUGUUCUGCCUUUCGCGUCGAAAUCUUCUCUGCUGUUUCUGUUGAAGAAAUGGUUUCGAGUUCUGGAGGACAAGUGCUAUGAGCACCAGUUCUAUAAGGUGCCGGAGUUCAACCAGAAUAUGCAGGAAAAUCAGCUGUACCGGAAAGUGUCUACUUAUCUCAGUUCCUUGCCCGGCGUUGAAGAUUCCGAUUUCACAAACCUGUUUUCCGGCGGGAAAUCGAACGAGAUCAACGUCGUUCUCGAUUCGAAGCAGGUCGUGGUCGACACGUUUUUGGGCGCUAGGGUUUGCUGGACGAACGAGGAGAGCGAGAUGAAAUCGUUGGUAUUGAAAAUCCGCAGAAACGAUAAGCGCCGGAUUCUUCGAUCAUAUCUUCAGCAUAUUCUCUCGGUGUUCGAUGAAAUUGAGCAGCGGAGGAAGGAGGUGAGGCUGUACAUGAACAUCGAUAAGGAUAUGGAGAAGUGCGGGCGGUGGAGAUCGGUGGCGCUGACGCAUCCCGCGACGAUUGACACGGUGGUGAUGGAUUCGGAUCUCAAAAACAAGGUCAAAUCCGAUUUGGAAACGUUUCUCAAAUCCAAGCAGUACUACCACAGGCUCGGCCGUCUCUGGAAGAGGAGCUACCUGCUCUACGGCCCUUCCGGUACCGGAAAGUCCACCUUCACCGCCGCCAUGGCGAAAUUCCUCUGCUACGACGUCUACGACGUCGAUCUAUCCCGAGUCUCCGACGACACCGACCUCAAAAUGCUUCUAUUGCAGACGAAGAGCAAAUCUCUGAUCGUGAUCGAAGAUCUGGACCGUCAUCUGCUCGGGAAAUCAACGGGCCCGACGUUUUCGGGGAUCCUCAACUUCAUGGACGGAAUCUUCUCCUGCUGCGGCGAAGAACGAGUCAUGGUGUUCACGAUGAACGGAAAGGAUCAAAUUGAUCCGACGGUUCUGCGGCCGGGAAGAGUAGACGUCCACGUGUACUUCCCCCUGUGCGAUUUCAACGCUUUCAAGAGCUUAGCUAGCAGCCACUUGGGUUUAAAGGAUCACAAGCUCUUCUCUCAGGUAGAAGACAUUUUGCAAACCGGGGCGAGUCUGAGCCCGGCCGAGAUCGGGGAACUCAUGAUUUCGAACCGGAGUUCUCCGAACCGGGCCUUGAAGUCGGUCCUCUCUGCGUUGCAUAACAACAGCGAAGAGAGGGCUGCUGCCCGGCACACCCGGAGGCUGAGCCACAGCGGGUCGGGCCGGACCAAGGAGGAAUCGGGCAGUUACGGAAAAGAAGGGAUAAAAGAGGUCCGAAAGUUGUAUGGACUUUUGAGGAUAAGAAGUAGUUCUAGGAAAGAGUCAUACGAAUUAGAUGCCGCAGCAGAGAAAGAAUAGUUGACCGACAACAAAAGGAUAGUUGUUUGUUUUAGAUUACUUUUUGUUCGUGUAACCCAUUUGGGGCGCUUUCGAGAUUGUCUUUUCAUGUAUAAAAAUACUAGGAUUUUGCUUCUUGUACACAUCGGAGUAGUCGGACAUUAGGUGCGUACACAAACAACAACUUCGUAAGAAAUAAUAAAGAAGACGCUCAUAUGUUGAUUUUUU